AUGGCACUGAUUGACAUGGGUGCUGACAUCAAUAUCAAAUCGAAUAAUGGCCAGUCACCACUGGUCCAUGCUCUCCUUGGGAAGAAAGAGUCUAUUGCAAAGAUACUGAUUCACAGGCGUGCUGAUGUUAAUGCAAAGGAUGGGCACGGUAAGACACCGCUGAUGACUGCCAUUCGUGUGGCAGCAAUGUUAUCUUCCAACCGCGCCAAAAUCGUGCGUAUUGUCGAGAGGCUAGUUCAAGAAGGUGCUGAUAUCAACGCAAAGGAUGAAUCUGGCGAGACACCACUGUCGAUUGCCCAGGAUGAAGAGCUUCAGGAGGUUGUUAAUCUGCUUCUUGCUAAAGGCGCCACUGUGGGCACAAAACACCAGACAUUAAUGGCAAGGUUGGCUAGAAAGUCAUAG